AUGACACCUCCAAAAGUCCAGACUGUGGCCAUCCGCCAGGCCUCCAACUCGCCCUCCAGCAGUGAGAGUCCUCCAGAGUCCAACGAGAGCGGCCGCGAGAAUGCCUCAACUUCCAAGGAGACCAAGAAGAAGCGCACCUCGAAACCGAAGGUGCGGUCCGGAUGCGUCACCUGCAAGAUACGCCGGAUCAAAUGCGAUGAGACGAAACCUGAGUGCAACAGAUGUACCUCGACCGGCCGCAAAUGUGACGGAUAUGUCAUCAAACCUCGAAAGAAGCGAUCCGACUUUCAAGCCCUUAACAAGGUGCCUACGGCGCCGGCAGAGAUUGGCCCAGUCGAACUUCGGUCACUUGGAUUCUUCCACCACAAGACUGCGCCCUCGUUAUCCAGCUAUUUCGAUGCUGAGUUCUGGACUCGACUGGUCUUCCAGAUGAGCUACGUCGAACCAUCCGUGAGACACGCCAUGGUUGCACUGGGAGCUCUCCACGAGGAACGCGAGCGAGAAGUCCGACUCAUCCCAAUAAUGCCACGGAUGGUCACUCCGAAUGCUCCCACGACCGCCUCGACAGCGGUGCAAUGGACCGGGAACACUGGACACGAUUUUGCGUUGGCACAGUACAACAAAUCCAUCAUCUUGCUGUCGAAACGAAUGGAUACCGGUGAGGCCGGCGGGGCUAUCGAGGUUGCAUUACUGACAUGCAUCCUGUUUGUUUGCAUCGAAUUCCUGCAAGGCGACAGCGAACCAGCAGUGAAGCAUUUCAGAAGCGGCAUGGGCAUUGCUCUCAACACACUAUCAAAUAACGGCUCUCGGGCGGCCCAGGACACCCUGGACCGGAUCAGAGAGUACAUCCUCCCGUUCUUCAACCGCAUCGAACUGCUCGCGAAUCUGUUUGGUGAGCCGGCUUCAUGGGACUAUCCAGUUGAGCUUCAAGACACCGUGCCGGAAAAGUUCAACAGCAUGCGGGACGCCAGAGACAGUAUCGUCCACAUCGCGAAUCAGACGGUACGAUUCAUCAAGUUCAUGAAGUGGCGGAAGUACACACGCCUGGUACUGCCCGACCACAUCGCUCGACAAGAAGCACUCCUUCGUCAGAUGGACCUCUGGUCUCAGACUUUGGACAGGAUGCUGCUAGGCGACAACAUCACACAGCGAGACCUCGAUGCCGCGAAAACGCUACGCAUCCAUCAAGUCGUCGCCGGGAUGUGGGUGAAGCGAUGCACGAUGCCCGAGGAGUCUGCGAACGAUGAAUGCAUGCAGGAUUUUGAGACGACCGUCAGCCUUGCAGAAGCUAUCCAGGGCAUCGCGGGCACACGAGAGCAGCGACUGGCACUGAACUCAUCGUCUUUCUUGUUUGACAUGGAAAUUGUUUCUCCGCUGUACUACGUUGCCACCAAGUGCAGGCAUCCGCUCAUCAGAAGGCGUGCGAUAGCUGUGCUGAAGCAAACGCAGCGGCGAGAGGGCCUGUGGGAUUCAGAUAUGGCAUCAGCAGUUGCAGAGCGGCAGAUGGCGCUCGAGGAAGUCAAGCUUACGACCCUCGAUGGCUCGGAACUGCCAGCUGAGGAAGAUCGCGUGCACAACAUCCAGAUAACCAGCGAGAAGGGCAUCCGUCCAAGGAAACACUUCUUGAACAUUCACACUCGACCGGAGGGCCCGGACGGACCCUGGAAGAUCUGGCGCGAGAGCCUCACCCUACCUUAG